AUGCUCAGUCUGCGCACUGCAGCAAGGCACCAUGGCGUCGCUCUCCGCCCCGAUCUUCCCGUCCACAAUCUUCCCCUCCACCGCCGACUUCCAUCGGGCACACGACCCAUCCAAACAGCCACGGUGAAGGACGCCGACAUUGCCCGCCUGGCAGCCAAACCGCUCCACCCACUGACCCUCGCGGACCUCUGCAAGAAUGGCCGCCCGCCGCUGUCGAAGCAGUCGCUGCUUAGCAAUGCCAAUUUCACCCUCUCCAUCCUGCCCUCGAGGCUGGCGCACCGCAUCCAGAGUCUGAGGAGUUUGCCGUAUAUCGUGGUCGCAAACCCGAAUGUGAACAAGAUCCACAACAACUAUGUGCAUUCGCUCUCGACGCUGCUGCCGUAUGCGGAGCGCAAGAUUGAGACGCUGGAGGAGGAGAUCAAGUUCACGGAGGCCAUGGCGGAUUUGGUGCAGACGCAUAGUAACACCAUUGCCAUCCUUGCGAAGGGGUUCUUGGAGGCGAGGAAGUACAUUUCGAAAGAUGAGGUUACGAAGUUUCUGGACGAACAUCUGAGGGCGAGGAUAGGCACGAGGUUGAUUGCGGAACAGCAUAUCGCGCUUCACAUGAGCAGUAAGCCGCACAAUGAUCUCUCGGACCAGGAUCAGCACAAGGAGGAUGAGGACAGCUCGUUCAUCGGCGUGAUCGAUACGGAGCUCAAGCCUGCUGCGCUGGUGAGGGCAUGCGAGAAUACUGUCGGCGAGAUCUGCGAGCUCAAGUACGGCGUCCGGCCUACUGUACAAAUCGUCGGCAGCCCAGACGCUACGAUCGCCCACAUACCAAUGCACAUCGAAUACGUCCUCACCGAGCUCCUCAAGAACUCCUUCCGCGCCACCAUUGAAGCGGGCAUGGAGAAAGAAGCGAUCGAAAUCACCAUCGCGCCCUCUCCCCCACCACCGGAACCCGCUGGCAAACCCUCGACUUCUCCUGAAGAUCUCCCUAUAGAUCCAGCGACCAACACGCCAGCAGCAAUAACCACCCACGACCAAGGCGCCGUAGACGCCGCCUCCUCGUCCCCCAAACCAACCGCCUCCACCUCCCCCAACAUCCGCCCGUUAUCCCACGCCACACCCGGCGUCACCAUCCGCAUCCGCGACCGCGGCGGCGGCAUCGACCCGUCCAACUUGGCCAAGCUGUGGGAAUACGGCUUCACGACUUUCAACGAGGACGAGAUCCACGACAAGACUUCCGGGUCUGGAGGCGGAGGCAUGGCGGGGUUGGACAUGCUGUCGGGAGGCGCGGGACAGGGGAGUGAAUUAGCGGGUUUGGGGUAUGGACUGCCGCUGGGAAGGGCUUAUGCGGAGUACUUUGGAGAGUCUGUGGGGGUGGGGGACUGA